CGAGAUCUGUCUGAAUCUUUCUCUCUCUCAUCAGUGACAAGUCCAAUGCCGCCACGAAUACCGGUGCCGCGGCUGCAAGGCCCCUUGAGCCUGCGCAUUCGGACCUCGAGACCCGUCCCGUCGACGCUGCUGCCGCUCGUUGCGGCGCCGCCGCAGCCGCAGCCGCAGCCGCAGCAGCAGCAGCACCGGUGCGCGUCCAUCCUCUCGGACCUGCGGGACGUACGGGGCGCGUACAACAAGCGCAUCAGGAGGGGGCGAGGCCCCGCGUCGGGAAAGGGCAAGACGUCGGGCAGAGGCCACAAAGGUCAGAAGCAGCAUGGAAAGGUGCCGGCUGGCUUCAACGGCGGGCAGACGCCGGACGAGGUGGUAGCGGGAAGGCGAGGCUUCACGAACAUAUUCUCGCUGGAGAUGUCGGAAGUGAACGUGGACAGGAUACAGAGCUGGAUCGACCAGGGCAGACUGGAUCCCUCCAAACCGAUCACGAUCAAGGAGCUGUGUAGCUCGAGGUGCUUACACGGUGUCAAGGACGGAGUCAAGCUACUUGCCAGAAAUGGGGAUCAGCUCAAAACGCCCAUCAACAUCAUCGUCUCGCGUGCCUCCGCCGCCGCCAUCCAAGCCGUCGAGCGAGCCGGCGGCACCGUCACGACCCGCUACUAUACUGCCAUGUCCAUCAAGCGUGUCAAACAGGGUCUCAGCCACCCAUUCCUUUCCCUCAUGUCGAAAUCGGAGGACCAGUCGUGGAAGGACUACCAGUACAGGCUGCCCGAUCCAGCCGGCAGGAAGGACAUAGAAUACUACAGGGACCCCGCUCACCGCGGAUACCUGAGCUGGCAGCUCCAGAAGGGUCAGAGUCCAAGUUUGUUCUGGAAGACGCCUGGCUUCGGUGAGAAGAAGACCAAGUCGGUCGCGAAGAAGCAGGCUGCGGAGAACAUGCUUUGGUGAGGACAGCAGCUGGACAUGUAACAUUAGAUGUAUUAGACGCAAAAUGCAAUAGCUGGCAACACGUAAGUCACGGUAGCAAUCGGCGGUCAAACCUGUCGCCUGGGAUCUUCCACGCUGCUUCAAACGUACGUGGCAUCGAAAUCUGGCACGAGGCAACUCGAAAGAGUUGGCCCAACGUACAUGCACGACCAGGAACAUGUAGG